AUGCCCAUCGAAUCGCAAUACGAACCGGUUCAGAUCCCUAAAGUGGACCUCUGGGACUUCAUUUUCGAGAGUAGAACAAGAGAAUUUCCAGUGGAAAAGCCUAUAUACGUGAACGCUCAAACCAAACGGCAAUAUACGUGGUCAGACACGAAAGCUGCAGCUUUGGAAUUUGGGACAAGUCUUCAAAGGCUAUGGGACUGGAAGAAGGGAGAUGUGCUGGGGUUGUUUUCUCCGAAUUGCAUCGACUCUCCUGCCAUUGUGCUUGGUACCCUAUGGGCAGGCGGAACAGUAUCUCCCGCUAACCCGGCUUACACUGUCGAUGAACUUGCCUUCCAGCUCAAAGACCUCCGCGCAAAGGCCUUGGUGACGCAGUUGGCCUAUCUCAACGUGGCUACAAAGGCAGCUCAGAUUACCGGAAUCCCCGAAGAUCGGAUCCUUUUGAUCGGGGAUGCUUUAGACACGUCAGGCAAAUUCAAGCACUUUACUCUGUACCGCGACAUGCGUUUCAAAGGUCCCCAGUGCCAGAGGCCGACUAUCGAUCCGAAAAGGGAUCUUGCCCUGCUCACUUAUUCAUCUGGGACUACUGGUCGCCCAAAAGCUGUCAUGUUAUCACACGAAAACCUGGUUGCAAAUCUGCUGCAAAUACAGACAACCGACGAAGAAAAUCUGAAACCUACCGGUGGUGAUGAUGAUCAAGGAGAUAAAGUUCUCGCAACAGUUCCAUACUUUCAUGUUUACGGCUUCUCUAUCCUUAUUUUAACGCCUGCAUACAGAGGGCUCACUACUAUUGUCAUAAGCAAGUAUGACCAGAAAGGAUUUCUUGAUGCAGUGCAGUCCUUCCGCCCUACAUAUGCUGUACUAGUACCUCCAAUUAUCUUGCAACUUGCAAAAUCCCCCCUUGUCGACGCAUAUGAUAUCAGUUCCUUGAAAAUGGUCAUGUGUGGUGCCGCACCUCUGACUCGGGAGUUGAUAGAGGAGCUUUAUCAAAAGCGCAACCUGCCUGUGCGACAGGUAUAUGGUCUCAGUGAAACAAGCCCCGUGGCUCUAGUUCAGCGCUGGCAUAACUGUCGUGAGAAGCCUGGUUCUGUUGGCACUCUUCUUCCAAACAUGACUGCGAAAUUCUAUGACGAGGAAGGUAUCGAAAUCGCGCCAGGCCAAACAGGAGAGCUGUAUCUCAAAGGGCCUAAUGUAUUCCUAGGCUAUCUGAACAACCACACAGGAACAUCAGCAUGUCUGGAUGAGGACGACUGGUUCAGCACAGGCGAUAUAGGUCAUGUAGACCAAGGCGGAAACUUCUAUAUUACUGAUCGCGCCAAAGAACUCAUCAAGUACAACGGUUUCCAGGUGGCUCCCGCGGAGCUCGAGGGUGUCCUUCUCGACCACCCGAAUAUCAUGGAUGCCGCAGUCGUUGGUGUUUAUUCAAAAGACCACGUCAGUGAAUUGCCUCGUGCGUACGUCGUUCUAGCUCUAGGCAUUGGCAAACCCUAA